CCAAUAUGAAGCCUCCGCUUCCGGUGAUGCCUCCUUUUCGGCAGCGGCUAUUUCCUCGCCAACAUGCCACUCGCAAAAGACUUGUUGCACCCAUCCCCUGAGGAGGAGAAGAGGAGGCAUAAGAAGAAGCGUCUCGUUCAGAGCCCCAACUCUUACUUUAUGGAUGUAAAAUGUCCAGGAUGCUACAAGAUCACAACUGUGUUCAGCCACGCUCAGACGGUCGUGCUGUGUGUCGGCUGUUCAACAGUCCUGUGUCAGCCCACUGGAGGCAAAGCACGUCUCACGGAGGGGUGCUCAUUCAGGAGGAAGCAGCACUAGUUGUUGUCCUUGGAACUGAACGGGAGAGGAGGGGAUGGACCGGUUGAUAUCAGCUUCUAAAGCCUCCGAGACGGCGGCAGAGCCUGCGGUCGGAUUUGAAACGACGACCUGAAGACGUGACGGGACAGCAGAUGAAUUUUUACUGAUCGUGUUGACAGUUGGAUCGUUGCUGUAAUUCCACCCUCCAACCCUGUCUCUCUAAAUAAAACAUUUUGGUUAAACAGAC